GCCGCCCCGCCCAUGGACCGCCGGCCCCCGCUGCCGCCCGCCCGGAGGACCGCGCCGAGGGGGGGAGCCGCCUGAAGGACCGCGACGGCCGCUCCCGCAGGUCAUCUGGAUGUCAGCAUGGCAACCACAAACCUGGAGAACCAGUUGCAGAGCGCGCAGAAGAACCUCCUGUUCCUUCAGCGGGAGCACGCCAGCACGCUCAAGGGGCUGCACGCGGAGAUCAGGCGGCUGCAGCAACACUGCACAGAUUUAACGUAUGAGCUGACACUUAAAAGUUCGGAUCAGACAGGAGACGACGGAUCUUCGAGAAGCAGCGAACUCAAGAAAAGAUGUGAAGAGCUGGAGGCGCAGCUGGCCCUGAAGGAGGACGAGAAGAGCGAGCUGCUGAAGGAGCUGGAGCAGAAGAACGCGAUGCUCGCCGUGCUCGAGAGCACCACGAGGGGCCGCGAGAGGAAGUACCUGGAGGAGCUGAAGGCCAAGAGCCACAAGCUGGGCGCGCUGAGCAGCGAGCUGGAGCAGCGCGCCGGCACCGUCGCCUACCUGACGUCGCAGCUGCACGCCGCCAAGAGGCAGCUCCUGAGCUCCGGCGGCGCCCCGGACGCCGGCCCGGCCGCCGGCCCCGCGCUGGCCACCUACAAGCCGGCGCCGCCCAAGGACAGGCUGCCCGAGACGCCCCGGCGCCGCAUGAAGAAGAGCCUCUCGGCCCCGCUGCACCCGGAGUUCGAGGAGGUCUACAGAUUCGGGGCCGAGAGCCGGAAGCUGCUGCUGCGGGAGCCGGUGGACGCCAUGCCCGACCCCACCCCGUUCCUGCUGGCCAGGGAGUCGGCCGAGGUCCACCUCGUCAAGGAGCGGCCCCUCGUCAUCCCCCCCAUCGCCUCGGACCGCGGCGCCAGCGAGCAGCCCGGGCCCGGCCGCGAGAAGCCGCACGGGGCGCACGUGGGCGUGGCGCACCGCAUCGCCCACGCGAGCCCGGCGCCGGCCGCGCCCGCCGUGGAGACGCUGGCGGUGGACCAGGUGAACGGCGGCGGCAAGGCGGCGAGGAAGCACUCAGGCACGGACAGAACUGCGUGAGGCCCGCGACCCUCCGCCGCGCUCCACGCACUGUGGCCGCUGCCGGGAAAGGCUCAGGCGCACCCGCUCCGCUCUUCGCCCUGUGAAUUCCACGCAUGCCGCACUUUUUCCACACCUGGCAGCAGCUGCGUUCUCCUCCUGCCCCUCUUGCCCUCUGACUGACGCCCCAACACCACCGUGUCCCUG